UUUUGCUAAAGCAUGUAAGAUGAGAGAUAGAAGAGAGGGACAAAAGAGAUUAGGAGAGAUAUCUAGAGAAUCCAAAUUCCAAGUUGGCUAAGAUAAGUAGAUAUUUAAGCCCCACCAAUUGCAUUUGAUAGGAACUCAAACACUCUCUCUCUCUUUCCAACUUAAGUCAUGUGGAGCAGCACACUGCCACGAGUGAAACACACAUUGCCAUGUGGCAUUAUAUGGCAGGCCAACUGAGAUCGCGUCUAAUACCGUCCUCUUAUCCAACAUUUUCUCAUACUGAAAAUCCCCACUAAUUUUCUUACCAAUUUUUCUUACAUUUUCAUUUCCCCCUUUGUUUUUUUGGGGGUUUGUUGGAAAAAAAAAAAAACCGCCAUGAAUGCUGUUGCUGCUGCUGCUGCUUCUGCUUCUGCUCUUUCACUUCCUAUCUUUCUUAGUCGUCCUUCUAAAUUUAAUCCCAGAAAGGUAAAAGGAAGCAUUGGCGUGUUUGCUGUUUUUGGAGAGGAUGGAGGAUCAAUAGACAAGAAGAGCUCAUGGGGGCCACUUUUUGAUGUGGAGGAUCCAAGACCUCGAGCCCCACUGUAUAAAGGAAAGUUUUUGGAUGUGAAUCAAGCGUUGGAAGUCGCAAGAUUUGAUAUUCAAUACUUGGAUUGGCGAGCUCGACAGGAUGUGCUUACGAUAAUGCUCCUCCAUGAAAAGGUUGUGGAGGUACUAAACCCACUUGCCCGUGAAUAUAAGUCCAUUGGAACAUUGAGAAAGGAGCUAGCAGGGUUGCAAGAUGAGCUUUCACAAGCUCAUAAGCAGGUUCAUAUUUCUGAAGCACGGGUUUCAGCUGCUUUAGAUAAAUUAGCUUACAUGGAGGAACUUGUUAAUGAUAGAUUGUUACAAGACAGAGCCACAACUGUAACCGACCAACCGCCUGCUACAGCAAGUACCUCCACACAACCCUCGGAACCUGUUAAAAAGAAUUUGCCUCGUAAAAGAUUAGAUGUAUCGGGUCCUGUCAAAUCUUAUCAUCCCAAAUUGAAGAAUUUCUGGUACCCUGUUGCUUUUUCUGGAGACUUGAAGGAAGACACUAUGGUCCCAAUAGAAUGCUUUGAAGAGCCCUGGGUUCUUUUCCGUGGGAAAGAUGGCAAACCAGGGUGUGUUAGAAACACCUGUGCUCAUAGAGCAUGCCCUCUUGAUCUAGGAUCUGUCCAUGAAGGUCGUAUCCAAUGCCCUUAUCAUGGAUGGGAAUACACAACAGAUGGAAAAUGUGUGAAAAUGCCAUCGACGAAGUUAGUGGAUGUCAGAAUAAAGUCAUUGCCCUGCUUUGAGCAGGAAGGAAUGAUUUGGAUUUGGCCUGGCACUGACCCUCCGACUGCCACGCUUCCUUCACUUCUACCGCCUCAAGGGUUUGUAAUUCAUGCAGAGAUAGUCAUGGAACUUCCAGUUGAACAUGGGCUACUUAUGGAUAAUCUUCUAGACCUUGCACAUGCUCCUUUCACUCAUACUUCCACAUUUGCCAAAGGAUGGAGUGUUCCAAGUUUAGUGAAAUUCUUGACGCCAGCGUCUGGACUUCAGGGAUACUGGGACCCUUAUCCCAUAGAUAUGGAGUUCAGACCACCUUGUAUGGUGCUUUCUACAAUCGGGAUUUCUAAGCCGGGAAAAUUGGAAGGACAGAGUACCAAACAAUGUGAAACACAUCUUCACCAGCUUCAUGUUUGUUUGCCCGCAUCAAAACAGAAAACAAGAUUACUUUAUAGAAUGUCACUAGAUUUCGCUCCAAUAUUGAAGCAUGUUCCCUUCAUGCAACAUUUGUGGAGGCACUUUGCGGAAAAGGUACUAAACGAAGAUCUAAGGCUUGUGAUUGGACAACAAGAACGCAUGCUCAAUGGAGAAAACAUCUGGAACUGGCCUGUGCCCUACGACAAACUUGGAGUCAGAUAUAGGCAAUGGAGAGAUGCAGUUGAACGAGGAGAGAAACGACUUCCCUUUACGGAGUAAACUACAUGUGAGAACACUUCAACGUAACAAACUGACAAAUUGACUUCACUCUUCUGUUGGUGAAACGCUGGCCCUUUUUCAGUCAUGGGAAACACAUACUUGCUAGUUUUAAGGUUUUUUCGUGGAGCACGUAAUGAAGUUUGUCCGAGUCUUGGAAAAGCGAAAAUUGUGGAUGAUGUGAGGCAAAGUCAAUAGCAUGCAUAAGUAAUUUAGUAUGUAUGCUUCUAUUUGUUUUGUCAGGUGUACAGUUCAAUGCUAAAUUCAAUAAUCCAUCUUUUUCACCUUUUUUUCACUUCCCAUUUGGGAGGCUAAUAUGGAAGAAAAUUAUAUGGUAAGUUAUUGUAAUUUUUAGCCAUUAGGAUAGAUGAUUGUACAUUAAGCAUGUCCUAUUUAUGGUUUUUGAUAUGUAUCUAUUGUGAAGUAAUAUUCAGGAUGAGAACAGCUAUUAUACAUCAAUUUUGAAUUCCAAGAGCAACCCUAAUGAAUGAAGCUUGUCAUCUUCCAAUCAAAA